CUUUCCUAACACCAUAACCAAAACCCCUUCUGAAGUUUGAGAGAAAAUGGGGUCCCUAAUGGCCUAUGCUACUCUUACUCUCGUAUUGGCAAUAAUAGUCACUCUAAGCUUGCCAUCUCAAACCUCAGCUGACAAGUACGACUAUUCAUCUCCUCCACCACCAGAGAAGCCCUACAAGUAUAAGUCACCACCACCACCACCCUACAAGUACCCUUCUCCUCCACCACCACCUAAGAAGCCCUACAAAUACCCAUCUCCUCCACCUCCAAUUUACAAGUACAAAUCACCACCACCACCACCACCCUAUAAGUACCCAUCUCCCCCACCACCACCAUAUAAGUAUCCAUCUCCUCCACCCCCAGUUUACAAGUCACCUCCUCCACCGUAUAAGUACCCUUCUCCUCCACCUCCACCAUACAAGUAUCCAUCUCCACCACCCCCAGUUUACAAGUACAAGUCUCCACCACCACCAUACAAGUACCCUUCCCCUCCACCACCACCUAAGAAACCAUACAAGUAUUCAUCUCCACCUCCCCCUUACCACUACUAAGUAUAGUGAUUUACUAUAUAUAUAUAUCAUCCCAUGGAUCUGAAGAAUGUGUGCAAAUAAAGAAGAUUGAUAUGGAAGGAACAAGCAGUGAAGCACCAUACAUAUAUAUCAGUUAAUUUGGCUUGACUUUUUUUUUCUUUUUGUAUUUUAUAAAGUUUUAAGGCACUGUUCAGAUCUGAUCCAUAUGUACUCGUUGUCCUGCAUGUGUUGUGGUAUUGUAACUGCUGGGCAUGCAUGCAGGGGUUUGUUAUGCCAAGUUAUAUUAUAUAAUAAAUAAUAAAUAAAUACCCUGACUUUAUCACUUU